GAGCAGGGCGAAGGCUCGGAGUGCAGCUCGGGACUGCCUUUGCCGGUGGGCCUGGCCGUCAGGCUCGCCUUAGAGCAGAGCCGUUCCUACAGCGACUUCGUAAACUUCGUCGCCUCGGUGCCCUCCAUGGCGCCCUUCUACUGCCUGGUGGUGUCAGCGGCGGGCGAGGCCGUGCAGGUGACUCGGAACGCGCCGUGUGGGGAAGUGGCCAGACGGGAGCUGGAGGAGUCUCCAUAUCUGACCCAAGCCAACAUGGAUCACUGGGACUCGGAUCCGGCCAACGACACACAGCAGUCCCUGGUGCGCUGUCAGCUAGCCGAGUCCAUGUUGCAGGCUGCCGAAAAGCAGCGGGGUUGCCCGGAAGAGCCCGACCUCUGGGCGAUUCUCUGGAAGUACCCUAUCUUUGAAAAGGGCAUUACGCUGUACAGCAGUGUCAUGAACCCUGCGCAGGGCACCUUCCAGUCGCUCUCCGAUCCGCCUGAGGUUGAAGCUACGGCACGUGCCGGUGGCAAGCGGAAGAAGAGCCGAAAGUGA